AGUGAAUGAUAGUGUCUAGAAAGGGUAUGUCCCUUCAGGAGAGAGGUGCCAAUGUCCAACCGGCCUAAUAACAAUCCAGGGGGGUCACUGCGACGUUCACAGAGGAACACUGCUGGGGCCCAGCCACAAGACGACGCAGUAGGAGGAAGGUCACAUUUAGGGCAGGCAAAACAUAAGGCACAUAGCCCUCCUGAGAGUAGAAAAUCUAUUUCAAAGACACCCAAAGUGCAGUCUAAUACUACUACUGAGCAGUCCAAGGGACACUUUUCUAAAAGAGGCUGUAGUUCAUCUGCUGUUUUAAUACCACAACAAGAAGAUCCAGAAAGAGUCAAUACUUCAGAAAAGCAAAAAACGGGGCAAGUGCCUAAGAAAGACAAUUCUCGAGGAGUUAAACGCAGUGCUAGUCCAGAUUACAGGAGGACCAAUUCUCCUAGCUCUGCUAAAAAACCCAAAGCACUUCAACACACUGAAACUUCCUUGGAAACUAACAAGCCACAUACUAAAUCUAAGAGAAGACACUUAGACCAAGAACAGCCGAAGUCUACACAAUUGCCAUCAACAAGCAAGGCUCACACCAGAAAGGGUGGAGCUGCUGGUAGCUCCCGAAGUCAGAAAAGGAAAAGGACAGAGAAUCUGUCUUGUAUAAAGAGUGGUUCAGCCGUUGAAUCAACUGGCGCUGAAGAGAAGUCAGCAAAACUCUCCAAGCUGGCUUCAAAAUCGGUGACCUCAGCCAAAGCUGGGUGUAGCACCAUCACUGAUUCUUCUUCUUCAGCUUCCACAUCAUCCUCUUCUUCUGCUGCUGCCUCUGCUUCUUCUACUGUUCCUCAGGGUGCCAGAGUGAAACAGGGAAAGGACCAGAAUAAGGCUAGACGUUCCCGUUCUGCAUCCAGCCCCAGUCCAAGGAGGAGUAGCAGGGACAAAGAACCAAGCUCUUCCAAGUCAGAGACAUCAAAACCUGGACCUUCAGGACUGCAGGCUAAGCUAGCAAGUUUAAGAAAAUCUACAAAGAAGCGCAGUGAAUCACCACCUGCUGAGCUCCCCAGUUUGCGGCGGAGCACACGGCAAAAGACCACGGGCUCCUGUGCUAGCACCAGUCGGCGAGGCUCUGGCCUGGGCAAAAGAGGAGCAGCUGAAGCUCGCCGACAGGAGAAGAUGGCUGAUCCUGACAACAACCAGGACGGAGUUAACUCUUCAGCUGCGCGUACAGAUGAGACUCCCCAGGGAGCUGCAGCUUCUAGUUCUGUUGCUGGAGCUGUAGGUAUGACAACCUCUGGAGAAAGUGAGUCAGAUGAUUCUGAGAUGGGAAGACUACAAGCUCUAUUAGAGGCUAGGGGUCUUCCUCCUCACCUGUUUGGCCCUCUUGGUCCUCGGAUGUCGCAGCUCUUCCACAGGACAAUUGGAAGUGGAGCUAGUUCAAAAGCCCAACAGCUUUUACAAGGUCUCCAAGCCACAGAUGAAAGUCAGCAACUACAGGCAGUGAUUGAGAUGUGCCAACUGUUGGUCAUGGGAAAUGAAGAAACAUUAGGAGGAUUUCCAGUCAAGAGUGUUGUACCAGCUUUGAUAACACUGCUGCAGAUGGAGCACAACUUUGACAUUAUGAACCAUGCAUGCCGGGCCUUAACGUAUAUGAUGGAAGCACUUCCCAGAUCAUCUGCUGUAGUGGUAGAUGCAAUUCCUGUCUUCUUGGAAAAGCUGCAAGUUAUUCAGUGCAUUGAUGUGGCAGAGCAGGCGCUUACAGCCUUAGAGAUGUUAUCACGCAGGCAUAGUAAAGCUAUUCUGCAGGCAGGUGGGUUGGCAGACUGUUUGCUGUAUCUGGAAUUCUUCAGUAUAAAUGCACAGAGGAAUGCAUUAGCUAUUGCUGCCAACUGCUGCCAGAGUAUAACACCUGAUGAGUUUCACUUUGUGGCAGACUCUUUGCCACUGCUUACGCAAAGGUUAACCCAUCAGGACAAAAAAUCUGUUGAAAGCACUUGUCUCUGUUUUGCAAGGCUAGUGGACAACUUCCAGCAUGAGGAGAACUUGCUCCAGCAGGUUGCUUCCAAGGACUUGUUGACAAAUAUCCAGCAACUCUUGGUAGUGACACCUCCUAUCCUGAGCUCAGGAAUGUUCAUCAUGGUGGUGCGCAUGUUUUCCUUAAUGUGCUCCAAUUGUCCUACGCUUGCAGUCCAGCUUAUGAAGCAAAAUAUUGCAGAAACGCUUCACUUCCUCCUUUGUGGAGCCUCAAAUGGGAGUUGUCAAGAACAAAUUGAUCUUGUUCCACGAAGUCCUCAAGAACUUUAUGAGCUUACUUCUCUCAUCUGUGAACUGAUGCCUUGUCUGCCGAAAGAGGGAAUCUUUGCUGUUGAUACUAUGCUGAAGAAAGGAAAUGCGCAAAAUACAGAUGGUGCAAUAUGGCAGUGGCGAGAUGACAGGGGUCUCUGGCAUCCCUAUAACAGGAUUGAUAGUCGAAUAAUAGAGGCGGCUCAUCAGGUUGGUGAGGAUGAGAUAAGCCUGUCUACACUUGGGCGUGUCUAUACUAUUGAUUUUAAUUCUAUGCAGCAAAUAAAUGAGGAUACUGGAACAGCACGUGCCAUUCAGCGAAAACCAAACCCUUUAGCCAAUGCAAACACUAGUGGACAUUCAGAAUUGAAGAAGGAUGAUGCUCGAGCACAGCUUAUGAAAGAGGACCCAGAACUGGCAAAAUCCUUUAUCAAAACAUUGUUUGGUGUUCUUUAUGAAGUAUAUAGUUCUUCAGCUGGACCUGCUGUUAGACACAAGUGCCUUAGAGCAAUUCUUAGGAUAAUUUAUUUUGCUGAUGCUGAACUUCUGAAGGAUGUGCUGAAAAACCAUGCUGUUUCAAGUCAUAUUGCCUCCAUGCUGUCAAGUCAAGACCUUAAGAUAGUAGUUGGAGCCCUGCAGAUGGCAGAGAUUUUGAUGCAAAAGUUGCCUGACAUUUUUAGUGUUUACUUCAGAAGAGAAGGGGUGAUGCAUCAAGUGAAAAACUUAGCAGAGUCUGAAGCUUUGCUAACGAGCCCACCGAAAGUAUGCACGAAUGGAUCGGGAACACUGGGUACCACUACAACAAUAACUACUGGAACAGCCACUGCUGCCAGUAACGCAGCUGCUGAUUUGGGCUCUCCCAGCUUACAACACAGCCGGGAGGAUUCUUUGGAUCUGAGCCCACAGGGACGACUGAGUGAUGUUCUAAAGAGAAAAAGACUGCCAAAACGAGGGCCAAGGAGACCAAAAUACUCUCCUCCAAGAGAUGAUGACAAAGUAGACAAUCAAGCUAAAAGCCCUACAACUACUCAAUCUCCUAAAUCUUCCUUCUUGGCAAGUUUAAAUCCUAAAACAUGGGGAAGAUUAAGCACACAGUCCAAUAGUAAUAAUAUUGAACCAGCACGAACAGCAGGAGUAAGUGGUCUUGCAAGGGCUGCUUCCAAGGAUACCAUUUCCAAUAACAGAGAAAAAAUUAAGGGCUGGAUUAAGGAGCAAGCCCAUAAAUUCGUAGAACGUUAUUUUAGUUCUGAAAACAUGGAUGGAAGCAAUCCUGCACUAAAUGUAUUACAGAGACUUUGCACUGCAACAGAACAACUCAACCUCCAGGUGGAUGGUGGAACAGAGUGCCUUGUAGAAAUCCGUAGCAUUGUCUCGGAGUCUGACGUCUCCUCAUUUGAAAUCCAGCAUAGUGGGUUUGUUAAACAACUGCUGCUUUAUUUGACAUCUAAAAGUGAGAAAGAUGCUGUAAGCAGGGAUAUCAGAUUGAAAAGAUUUCUUCAUGUAUUUUUUUCUUCUCCACUUCCUGGAGAAGAACCCCUUGGAAGAUUAGAGCCAUUAGAAAAUGCACCUUUGUUGGCAUUAGUCCAUAAAAUGAACAAUUGCCUCAGUCAGAUGGAACAGUUUCCUGUCAAAGUGCAUGACUUUCCUAGUGGAAAUGGAACAGGGAGCAGAGGAUCCCAAGCUUUAAAAUUCUUCAAUACACAUCAAUUAAAAUGCCAACUGCAAAGACAUCCAGACUGUGCUAAUGUGAAACAGUGGAAAGGUGGACCUGUGAAGAUUGAUCCUCUGGCUUUGGUACAAGCCAUUGAAAGAUACCUUGUGGUUAGAGGCUAUGGAAGAGUUAGAGAAGAUGAUGAGGAUAGUGAUGAUGAUGGGUCAGAUGAAGAAAUAGAUGAAUCUUUGGCUGCUCAAUUCUUAAAUUCAGGGAACGUGAGACAUAGACUGCAAUUUUAUAUUGGAGAUCACUUGCUGCCAUAUAAUAUGACUGUGUAUCAAGCAGUUAGGCAGUACAGUUUGCAAGCUGAGGAGGAGAGGGAGUCUACAGAUGAUGAAAGCAACCCAUUAGGAAGAGCUGGGAUUUGGACAAAAACACAUACCAUUUGGUACAAACCUGUGCGAGAGGAUGAAGAUGGUAAUAAGGACUGUGUUGGUGGUAAAAGAGGAAGAGCGCAAACUGCUCCCACGAAAACCUCCCCUAGAAAUUCUAAAAAGCAUGAUGAAUUGUGGCAUGAUGGUGUAUGUCCUUCGGUGUUAAAUCCUCUAGAAGUUUACCUCGUAUCUACUCCACCUGAAAACAUAACAUUUGAAGAUCCCUCAUUAGACGUUAUUCUUCUUUUGAGAGUUUUACAUGCUAUCAGUCGAUACUGGUAUUACUUGUAUGAUAAUGCAAUCUGCAAGGAGAUAAUUCCAACCUCAGAGUUUAUCAACAGUAAACUGACAGCAAAAGCAAACAGGCAGCUUCAGGAUCCUUUGGUAAUUAUGACAGGAAACAUACCAACUUGGCUGACAGAACUUGGAAAAACAUGCCCAUUUUUCUUUCCAUUUGAUACCCGCCAAAUGCUGUUUUAUGUAACUGCUUUUGAUCGUGAUCGAGCCAUGCAAAGACUACUGGAUACUAAUCCAGAAAUCAAUCAGUCGGAUUCUCAGGAUAGCAGAGUGGCACCACGACUGGACAGGAAAAAACGCACUGUGAACAGAGAUGAGCUGUUGAAACAGGCAGAAUCUGUGAUGCAGGAUCUAGGCAGUUCAAGAGCCAUGUUGGAAAUCCAGUAUGAGAAUGAAGUUGGCACAGGCCUAGGCCCCACGCUAGAGUUCUAUGCACUUGUAUCUCAGGAACUACAGAGAGCAGACUUAGGCCUUUGGAGGGGAGAAGAAGUGACUCUAGCCAAUCCAAAAGGAAGCCAGGAAGGUACCAAGUACAUCCAUAACCUUCAAGGCCUUUUUGCACUUCCUUUUGGUAGGACAGCCAAGCCAGCUCACAUUGCAAAAGUUAAAAUGAAGUUCCGCUUUCUGGGAAAACUAAUGGCCAAGGCAAUCAUGGAUUUUAGGCUGGUGGACCUUCCUCUUGGACUUCCUUUUUAUAAAUGGAUGUUACGACAGGAAACUUCCCUGACGUCACAUGACUUGUUCAGUAUUGAUCCAGUAGUAGCCAAAUCAAUAUAUCACCUUGAAGAUAUUGUAAGACAAAAGAAAAGACUUGAACAGGACAAAACACAGACCAAAGAAAGUCUACAGUAUGCAUUGGAGGCUCUGACUAUGAAUGGCUGCUCUGUGGAAGAUCUAGGGCUGGACUUCACACUUCCUGGGUUUCCUAAUAUAGAACUGAAAAAAGGGGGAAAAGAUACACCAGUCACCAUCCACAAUUUAGAGGAGUAUCUCAGAUUGGUUAUAUUCUGGGCACUAAAUGAAGGUGUUGCCAGACAGUUUGACUCAUUCAGAGAUGGAUUUGAAUCAGUCUUCCCCCUCAGUCAUCUUCAGUACUUCUAUCCUGAGGAGUUGGAACAGCUCUUGUGCGGCAGCAAAACAGAUACUUGGGAUGCGAAGACUUUGAUGGAAUGUUGCAGGCCAGAUCACGGUUACACACAUGACAGUCGAGCAGUGAAGUAUCUCUUUGAAAUUCUCAGUAGCUUUGAUAGCGAGCAGCAAAGACUGUUUCUUCAGUUCGUGACAGGUAGUCCCAGACUGCCUGUAGGAG